AAAACUGAAGAACGUUCCGUGUCAAUAGCAGUACGAAUUCACCGAACUUUGGAGCUGGCCGACGACAAGUUGUACGUGAUAACUUGCGGAAAGGCAGGCUUCAAGAAUGCCCGAAACGAAACGUCGCUGGUAUCUUUGAGGCUUCUGGACGCAGGCAAAAGGAUAACCCAGGCGGUCUAUAGCAGACCUUACACGCUGCGAGCGGAGAUCUCCAGAUCCGAUGGAACCUACGGCUUUAGGGUGAAGAGCUGCUUCGCUUUCAACAAACUGAACAGCAGCGUCCCCCUGAUAGACGAUCGAGGUUGCCCUGUUAAUCCGAACGUCAUCAAAGGCUUCGUGUACAAUGACAAGAAGAGCACAGCGGAUGCUGAGCUUCAAUCGAUGUUCAGGUUCCCUGAAAGCUCCGAAGUUCAUUUCCAGUGCGACGUCGGAUUGUGCAAAGGCUCCUGCCCGGAGCCCAUGUGCAUCGCCGAUGGAUCUGCCAAGGCUCUGAUAACAGAUGAGGGCGUGCUGAUGGCCGCCACGAGCGUCUUCGUGUUAGAUCCAGGCGAUAGUCCGUUGGUUCAAGAGCUAUGCGAUGAGAACGGCGUCCAUCCCUCUUGGUUGCUAUGGCUGUGCGUCGCUUUGGGCAUCCUCUUCCUCAUAAUGCUCAUCAUCAACAUCUUCCUCUGCUCGGCGAUGACGUGUGCGUGCGCGAGAACGGAGAUCAUCGAGAAGGAGCCCAGCAUCAUCGAGGACUACGAUCCUUACAGAUCCUGGCACGGAAGUCAAUACGGCUCAAGGUAUUCCUUGAACGGUGCUCCACAACAUCCGAAAGGCUACACAUCUGGUGGUUCGACAAUGAACUCGAACAGGUCGGUGUCUUCGCACAGCGAUCACUACGCCAUAGUUCACUCCAGACCAGGAAGCAGGUACAAGCACAGGGGUCCACCGUCCCACAUCGGAAGCCACUACAGCGGCAAAUGAACACUCGCUAUAUCCGAAUCAUAAGUAUUUGUAAUUAAACAGAGAAUCGUGUGACUAAAAGUGCAAUUAAUCCUAAACACUUUGCGGAUCGUUAAUAUGUAAUAAUAUGUCGAAAUUCGUGAACAUUUUGGAACGUAAUGUAAACAAAAUAUGAAAACAAAUUAGCUUUAAAAGACGUAUUUAAAUCCGGAAGAAAAAUUAAAAGAAGA